AGACUUCCACCUAUCAAUCUGGACUAUGGAUGUGGUCAAUAAAUCCACUGUUUCUGAAUUUGUUUUGCUGGGACUUUCUAAUUCCUGGGAACUACAGAUAUUUUUCUUCAUGGUGUUUUCGCUGUUUUAUGUGGCGACAAUGGUGGGUAAUAGCCUCAUAGUCAUCACAGUUAUAGCUGAUUCUCACCUCCACUCUCCAAUGUAUUUCCUGCUUACCAACCUUUCCAUCAUUGAUAUGUCCCUUGCUUCCUUUGCCACCCCUAAAAUGAUUACUGAUUACAUCACUGGACACAAAACCAUCUCCUUUGACGGCUGCAUCACACAGAUCUUUUUUCUCCACCUUUUUACUGGUACUGAGAUAAUUUUGCUUAUGUCUAUGUCCUUUGAUCGGUAUAUUGCGAUUUGCAAGCCUCUGCGCUAUGCUUCAAUCAUGAGCCCCCAGGUCUGUCUUGCCCUUGUGGUGACUUCCUGGGUUGUGGGAGUCAUGCAUUCAAUGAGUCAGGUGAUCUUUGCUCUCACAUUACCCUUCUGUGGUCCCAAUGAGGUAGACAGCUUUUUCUGCGACCUCCCAGUGGUAUUCCAGUUGGCUUGUGUGAAUACUUAUGUUCUGGGUCUCUUUAUGAUCUCAACAAGUGGCAUAAUUGCUUUAUCCUGCUUUAUUCUUUUAUUCAAUUCUUACGUGAUUGUCCUGGUCACUAUUAAGCAUCAUUCUUCAGGAGGCUCUUCGAAGGCUCUUUCUACCUGCACAGCGCAUUUCAUUGUUGUCUUCAUGUUCUUUGGACCAUGUAUCUUCAUCUAUAUGUGGCCUCUACACAAUUUUCUGAUAGACAAGAUCCUGUCUGUGUUUUAUACCAUCUUUACUCCCGUUCUCAACCCAAUCACCUACACUUUGAGAAAUCAUGAAGUGAAGACAGCCGUAAGUAAACUUAAGAACAGGUUUCUAAAUCUCAACAAGGCAGGUCCUUUGAGUUAUUUUUAG